AUGCGUGGCUUGGCGCAGGCUCUCCUGCUCGCGCCGGCCCUCGUCGGCGCUGCUCCGUCCAAGAUUGGUAUGGAAAAGGCCACCGAUGCCUCACCAUCAACCUUUGUCACCUUUGCCAUCCCACCGGGCUUCAACGAGGACCAGACCAAGCCCUACACCCUCCACUUGGAAGUCCUCGAGGCCCCUUCCCCCUGCGCCUACCCUAACAUCAAGAUCAAUGACAACGCCCUCUCCCAGGGCGGUCACACUCUCGGCCGCGGCACCUUUGCCGGCGACCACGACGGGUCGACCUUCAUCGCCUCCUGGUCCGCAACCUGCGCCGGCGACGAGCAGCUCCUCCGCUUCACCCUCGAGUCCCUCUCCGGCCGCACCCUCGCCUCCGAUCUCGCCUUUGUUGCUCGCUUCCGCCAGACCGCCCCCGCCGCCAUCAUCGAGGUCGCCGGCAACGUUCGCACUUCGGACGCCCACCCGCCUCCGCCCUCCCAGACGCUCCCCGAGUUCGAGGGACACCCUCCUCGCCCGGGCGACGACGAGGAUGGACUCCUCGAGGAUCCUCCUUUCCCCCCGCCGCCACAUCACCAUGUUGGCAACCACCCGGAUAACCACCCCGGCGAGCAGGGACAGCGUCCUCACCGCCGCCCUCACCACCCCGAGGAGCACCCCGAGCUCGAUGAGAAGGCCCUGGCGGAGCUUGACGACCUCGAGUGCAUGCGCCAUCAGCUCCACGCCUUGAAGCACGCCAUCCACGAGAAGGAAUCCCGCCUCGCCCAAGAAAACGGCAUCUUCCCUCCCAGCCACCGCGGCUUCCGCUCCUGCGACUCCUUGAAGUGCGUAAUCGACACCCUCAUGCACCGCGUCCGCGGAGGUGGUGGCCCCGGCUUCCACGGCAAGGGCCGUCACCCCGGAGGCAGAAGAGAAGGCCACCACCACGACCGUCGUCCCCACGGUCCUCCCCCUUCGUGCCCAGGCUUCCCCUUCCCCGGACACGGCGGCAACCACACCAAGGGAAACCACACCGAGCCCCCGCCACCUGGUCCCCCUCCUCCAGGCUUCUGCCACUGCCUGCCGCCCCCUCCCGAGGGUCCUCCCGAUGGACCCCCUGAGGAUGCCCCUGAGCCUCCCCCGAGAGGACCUCACCACGGCCCUCCUCCCCCGCCGUUCGACGAGCUUCCUCAUGGACCUCCUCACGACCACCACGGCCCACCGCCGCCUCCUCCCCCUCCUCCUUUUGACGGACCUCACGGACACCACGGCGGUCCUCCUCCUCCUCCCCCGCCUCCUCAUGAUGGCCCCGGUUCCCACGGUCACCACGGCCCUCCUCCUCCUCCCUUCGAUGGCCCUCACCACGGCGGUCCUCCCGGUCCCCCGGGCCCUCCACCCCCGGGACCCCCGCCCGACUUUGAGCAUGAGCACCCCCUUGACCACGAAGGCGACCACCGCGGCCCUCACGGUCACCACGGCCCCCCGGGAUUCCCCCCUCCUCCCCCAGGCCCUCACGGCGGCCCGCACGGAGGCCCACAUGGACCCCCUCACGGGCCCCCUCACCUCCCCCUCCCCGCCAAAAUCUCCGUCGCGGUCCUCCUCUUCAUCGGAAUCCUGGCCCUCCUCCGCGCCGGCAUCCUCUCCCGCUCCUCCUCCUCUAGAUCCUCCCGCCACAGCGACGAGUCCCGCGCAGAGCGCCGCGAACGCAAAAACUCCCGCCGCGCCCUCCGCCGCGACUACCGCGAAGCCCGCAAGGAAGCCUUCAAGGCCACCCUCACAGACUUCUGGUCCCGCAUGUUCACCACCGCUGGCACCACGGCAGGAGACGAGGAGAAGCAGGCGUUCAUGAGCAGCCGGCCCUCCAUCUCCGAGUCUGAGAGGGACUUUGAGACGAUGGAGAGCAUGACGGAUGAGAUUACCGAGUUCCGUAACGCUGCUACCCUUGUUUCGGAGAUGGUUGCUGCCGAGGAGCGGAGGCAGAGGAUGAGGGAGCAGCAGCAGCAGCAACAGCAACAGCAGCAGAUGCCGUGCCAGCACCAGCACCAGCACCACCUCAUGCCCUCCCACUUCCAGCGCCCCGCCAUCAUCACCCCUCCCUCCCCGACGACUGCGUUCGCAGAGUACAUGGGCGACGACGUGCUCCCCGCCUACGACGAGCACGCCGCGCCGUCGGUGAUCGUCUCGGACGGAUUCAGCAGCUACACGCCCGGGUCCAGCGACUAUACCCCCAGCGCGGGGUCGGAUACGGCGUCCAACAUUGAUGAUGUCCUGGGAGAGACCAAGAACUAG